CAAGUGCUCUACAAUACGAAGGGAGAAGAAAACUGCUCGCUUCGGAGCGAGGCAACUGUUUGCAAUGGCGGAGCCUAAUUUUAUCAAGUGUGUGGUGGUUGGCGACGGCGCUGUCGGCAAGACGUGCAUGUUGAUGAGCUACGCGACCAACAAGUUCCCCACGGAGUAUAUACCCACAGUGUUUGACAACUAUGCAGUGACCGUCACGAUCAGGGACACACCCUACCAGCUGGGGCUGUUCGACACGGCGGGGCAGGAGGAGUACACAAGCCUCAGGAUGUUGUCCUACACAGAAACCAGUGUCUUUCUGGUUGCCUUCUCGGUCGUCAAGCCCGAUUCCCUGAAGAACUUGGAAUACAAAUGGAUUCCCGAGAUCCGCCAUAACAGCCCCAAGACGCCAUUUCUACUCGUGGGAACCCAGGUAGACUUGAGGGAGGAUGAACCCACGAGGCAGAAGCUCCAGAAGAGGAAACAGAAGCCGGUGACAGUUGAGGAGGCGGAGAGAGUGUGUGACAAACUCGGGGGCAACUCCUAUGUGGAAUGCUCAGCUCUGACUAAGAAAGGUUUGAAGGACGUGUUUGAUGAAGCUAUCAUUGCCGUCCUUGAACCUAAAGUGCAACCCAAGAGACUCGUGAAACGGAAGUGCAUCAUAUUGUGAUCACGUGACACUAGGCCAGGUUUGGGACCAUCUCAGUGCAAAAUAUAUAUUUGAUAAAACUAUAGAAGGAACCCCGUCCUUGCCUUACAGUCGAUGACUGAAUUGUUGCGGAGGCGGACGGCUGAUCAGAACCAGUCCAUAGAGUGAGGAUAUAUGCCAGUAACCCUGUGAUAGUAGAGAGAUCAGUUCAUGUUGGGGAUAUACCCGAGGCUGUGUGUGCUCGCAGGUGCGUGCAGGUGCGCGGGUUGUCUGUGUUGAGGAAGGGAGCCUGUUGAUGGAAGCAGUGCCACCAGGUUAAACCAUGACGCCUGGCACAAUGGAGGCAGCAGGGUAGUUGAGUGCAGGGCCAUUGGACCUGGUUGUUUCUGAAUGGAAAAAGGGCAUCACGAGGACAACAGGAAAUGGAGUAUCAAAUGUGAACAGAAAGAUAUUCGGAAAUAUCAAAGACAGCUACACGGCGAGUGUGAAGUCUAGCGGAGUACCUCACAUACGUGUGGUCAUACUGAUUCAUACGACGUGUCAUACUGAUUCAUACGACGUGUCAUACUGAUUCAUACGACGUGUCAUACGGAUUCAUACAACGUGUCAUACUGAUUCAUACGACGAGUCAUGUCAAGAACUGGGUGAUUAUGGAAUAAUAUUGUUGUAAAAUAAUGGAAUAAUAUUACGUCAGAAUUAAGAAAAAGAGCUUCAUAACAUCGUUUCACAAACACAAACUGAUGGGACAACAGAUAUGAAAGCUUUUCCCGUUGCUUGGCAACAGUGUAAUGAACUGAUGAACGAGAAUGUAAAUAAUCAACAGUCUCUUCAAAAUGUCAAAUCUCUACUACCAGUGGUGACCGCGGAAUCGCCCAGCCAGGUUAUCGGACCCAAAUAUUACAGCGUGGAACGGACAUAUUACAAAGUUAUUAUAAUAAAGUUGCCAUCAACGCUCAUCAGUAUUCUUCACCCGUGUCAGAGACGGGCUCGCUUCCAUGAAGCGAUCGUAACUUCCGACAUCGUAACGUUGGAGUACCAACGUCAUGGACGUACUCUAUCGCUCUGUGGAAAGUACCCGGAUGGUUGGUUUUAUGUACAUAUUGGCACACAUUGAAAACGCAUAAUCCACUUUUAACCCCGACAAGAACCGAUUUUUGCAGUAAAUAUUUACUCGCAUGACAGAGAAUGAUGACUGUGACAAAAUGACCCCGCUUUGUUUGAUUAUCUCACGCCUAAAUACACAGAACAACUUCAUUUGACUUUUGUGGUCAUUUUGUGAAAUAUUAAAAAAAAUCGAAUAUGCGUUUUCAAUGUGAUUCAGUGUGGGUUUAAUGUCAUUAGAUCAAAGUUUGAUUUUUAAUGUAACUUGCUACCAACUUUUAAAGCGUGAAACACCCGAGUUUGCGUUUGCGUUUGCGUUUGCGUUUGCGUAUUUGCGUGUACGUUAUCCGUAUCCGAAAAAAACGAUUUGGUAUAAAUAAUGCAGGGCAAAACAGGUUUAUCCCGUUCGCUGGUGUGUGUGCGUGUCUACGACUGCGUACACGAUUGAAUUCGCCCCUGGAGCCAAUUUUGACGCAUACGCGUACGUACACGCGAUCGGAAAUCCUUAGGAGGAGUCAGCUGUGCACGUGAAUGUGACGUAUUCGUUACCUAAGCAUAGGCAUAGCUCGUAUGUAAUAUGUUUUGAAACAACGUAUACGCAAUACGCACACGCAGAACGCACACGGACAUACGCAUAUGAGUACGCAAACAAGUGUCUUACGCCUAACUUGCAUUGUUGAUGUUUUUCUUCACCAUGUAUUACCACCCCUCCACUGAGAGCUGAUGCCUAAGUAUUGUUUUGCAUGUUUUCUACCUUUUUUUAAAAUUUCUUACUCCAAUGAAUUUUAUGUAAUCGAUAAUGUAUAUGAUAUUGUGUAUGAUAGCAUUUCUUCCUUGGAAACACAUUUUUGCCUAUAUUCCUGUUGGAGAGAAUAUACCUGUGUUACCUAUAACAUUAUAAUGGACUCGUUCAUGUUUGUAGAGUUGCGUCCCUUGUGGAUUCGAAUCGAUUGUUUCUAGGUUUGUCGGCACCAAACUUCGAACUUUCCUCCCACAUUAAGCUGACACGCCGUGAUAUAACUGGAAUACUGUUCAAAACGGCGUUAAACCCAACUCACUCACUCGUUUGCAGGCAACUGCUGAACGAUAUACUUUGUGUUUUAAUGUUUUGACAUUAGAAAUAUGGGUUAUCAAUGGCGUGGAGCCUGGCACUCUGCUGACAGAAUUAUUUAUGGACCACAUCCUUGACAGUGCCAAAGAUUAAUACACAGCGACAAUAUGGUAAAAGCAGAACUCUCGAAAAUUUUGAUCAGAUCUUAUUCUACCUUAAACGUUUUGAAGGCAUGCAACUUCUUUAAUACUCAAAAGAAGUAAAGGGUCACCCGAUUCUUUCAUAUUACCAUACCGUGACAGAUUAACUAUAACAUGAAAGAAUCGGGUGGCCCUUUACUUCUUUUGAGCAGUAUGCAUGAGACAACCUUUGCACUACUAGAACACCGUGCUUAUUUAUAAAACGAUGGCAAAAUAUUUACAAUUUCCAUUGAUUGAGAUCCGCAAACCAUCCGCUGUCACUUUGGCCUUGUAUAAGCCAAACCGGUUUAUCAGAUCAGUGUUACCCAGGUUUUCCGAGGGCGGUGUUGACGGUAAUUACACGAUCGUAGGUUCGAACUCCCAUGUUCACCUUGAAAAUGAUUCUGGGUUUAUUGGCACCAUAUCCGUGUCACCAAAGUGGUACAUUAAAAGUCGAGGACAAUGCUCAGUACUUAGAGCAACGUGACCGUGUGGAGAUAAUUCCCGCUAGGCUUAUGGUGCUAUGAGACUAUCAACUCGUGCUAUGAAACCGAAGGCAUUUUUCUUUGCGGGAUUUGUGUUUCUCAAGAAAUUAGUUUGUUUCCUGUACACUGGGACGUUUAAGCUGAGGCAUGAAACUGAAACGUCAGUGUGCCCGAGAUGGUUGCGUCUGCGAGAUAAUGAUAGCGAUCUACAUGGGGAUUUAGGAGGAAACAUUUCGAGGUCCAACCUUAUCCCAGAUGCACGUGUGCUGCCUUGUUUCUCAACACAUCAGGGGGGCACGGGUGGCCCAGUCGUCUAAGGCGCCGCGAUUCGCUGUGCAGAGUUGCGUCCCUUGGGCACGCCAGAAACCUAUGAUUGUGGGUUCGAAUCCUGGUUCGCCCCGAUUAUGUUUCUAGAUUUGUCAGCACCAUACCCGUGCUCGUUGGUUUCACCGAAGUGGUAAACGUCCGAGACCUGCAUCACUUCGGGCUUUCCUCCCACAUUAAGCUGACACGCCGUGAUAUAACUGGAAUACUGUUAAAAGCGGCGUUAAACCCAACUCACUCACACUCACUCACUCAACACAUCACUUUUCGAAAAGUUUAUUGUACUAAUAUGUACAAGUGACUUAAUAGAUCCAGUAUGUAUAUAGUGUACAUUAUGCUCAGACUACGCAAGAUGUUUAACUAGAGAAACAAUCUUCUGUCCAUUCUAUUGUUAUAAUGCCAUUGUCUCUGUGAUAUUUCAGAUCAUAUUAAUCAACUUAAUGGAUGUUCAUUUUGUUAGAAAAUGUCGCUUGGCAAUACAUUAUACAAGUCUGUGUCUGUUACAGUUGUAGAUGUCGCUGUUGUCUUUCAUUGUGUAUAUGUUCUAGUCUGGCCUCGUGAAUACAUUGUAUAGAGUGCACUCGCCCACUGCCAUCUGCCUAUAAGCGACAUGGCGGAAAACGUCGCCAGCAGUUGCGCUGUACAAUGGUACAGAAGAGUCAUCACCGGAAAUGUCGCCUCUAUCGUAAUACGGGCAUCGUUUUUAUCUCCGAGUCGUGGCUAUUCGCGUUGUUAUUCAUAUAGCCCAAUCCUCCUAUAUCGAGGUGAUGUUUUGAGUCCCAUAGAGGGCGCUAUAGAGGGCCCAUGGGAGUACUGGCGAUGUUAGUGAAUAUAUUUUUCUUCAGCGGGCAAAAGUAACUGAUAGUUAUAUAGUUCAUAAUAACUGAAGAUAACUAAUAGUUAUGAUUUCAUUUAUUUCGAUUUGUCAAUCCGCUUACUAACAACACAAGAAACCUGUUUAGGGUUUAGAAUAAGAAACAAGAAAUUCUCGAAACCCAAUUUAACACCAGUGCAUGUGUUUGAAAGUUGCGUGGUUUUAUAAUAAAUACCGCGUUUUGGUGAAUAUGGACACAUGCAGUUACUUCUUUCCGCUAGUAUAGUACAUUGUGAUCCUGUGUAGGUGGUUGUACGUUCCCACGGGUGCAGGGUGAGAUCUAGCCUUGCUCCAAGGCUGUACUGAAAGAAGGGUCCAUGGAUGUGUAGUAAUUCUAUCCACCUAAUAGGCAAGUCUAGAUUUUUGGACAGUACAGGACUCUAGUCUCUUAUAGGGACAACUUGUUCUUAUUAUUUACUGUUAAGAAAUUAUGAUUUAAACUGAUAAUUAUUGCCUUAGGGACUUGUGCAAGUCUAGGUUAGAUCUAAACGCUGUGGUACUCCAGAUCAGUACUCAAGUACCCGGGGCUCGCGCCAUGCUGCCGGUCAUGCAGUGUACGGAUAAUAUUCUGAUGAUUUUCUCACACUUCGAUUGUCUCUGUCGAAAUCCGUGCAACAUACGGAAACUUCUUUAGAAGAAAUACUGUCAAACAGAAGUUACCAACUGUCCCAAAACGAUUGAUGAUAUAUUCCAAACAUCGAUACGCUUUAUGAAGAACUCAAAGCCGAUUUUUCUGUAGUUUUAUUUUAGCGUUAUACCCAAGGUGAUAUUUGAAGCAAUAAGUUAGUAUUUAGAUCAAUCCCCCAGAAACGUUGAUGUACUAAUUGUAUAUUACCCGGUGCCCCAAACAUCAUCUCGAUUGCAAUGAGUAUUUGUUUUUCAUAGUGAAUACUAGUUCGUACUUGCAGCACCAUGAAUACUCCAGGUAUUCAGGUAUAUGACGUCACCAGACGUGACGCUGCAGGUGGUGUGGGGGACGCCAGCAUGUCAGCACAUCCACCCAGCAACAGUACAGGGAGCAGAUGUCUGGGGGCACAUUAUCAUGGCCGGUGAUUCGUGUUUCUGUUACGUGCUUCUUAUCCUUCAGAAGGACAUUGAUAAUGUAACGGCUGAAGACACGCUCACGUACACCUGCUUAGAUCGUUCUCUCUCCGACAUGUUGAUCUGUGAACAUACAUCUACUGUAUCACGUCGUUGUCAUAAUCAACUAUUUUAUACAGACAAUAAAACACACUCAAAUAAGA